CAUGCCAUCAAAUUGUCUGAUGCAAUCUUUUCGGAGUAGCGUGUGGCACUGGAGGUUGAAAUCAUUUCGUUCAAUUUUCUCAUAUGCUUUAUGUCGCUUAAGUUUGCGGUGAACAAAAAAUAUUCUUUAUUCGAAACGAGGACGCUUUACAAUCAGAAAAAUGACGGAAGAAGAUUCGGUAUUUGAUCCAACUCUGAAGAAAAAGAAAAAGAAGAAGAAGACUACUUUUGAUAUUGAUGCAGCUUUCAAUGAAGGAGGUAGUGGUGGUGAUGCACCAGAAAACAUUAUUGACAAAGAGAAUCAGGAACCAGAGCCUGCAAUUGUUGAAGAUGAUGAGGCAUUGGACUUGGAAAACUUUGGCAAAAAAAAGAAAAAAAAGAAGAAGGCAUUUAACUUAGAUGAAUUGGAAGCAGCUUUGCCUGAUACAAAGAAAGAGGAACCUGUGGAGCAACAGAUCGAAGAAAUGGUAGUGGAUGAUGAUUUUGAUUUAGAUAUGGACUUUUCAAAGACAAAGAAAAAGAAGAAAAAGAAGAAGGAUCUUGAUGAAUUGGUGGCUGAAGAAGAGCGCAAGGAGAUUGAAGAUAAGGAGAAUGGCUGCACUGAAUCUGAGCGAAGUGCAGAGUAUGUGGAGGAACCGAGCUUAUGGGUAGGCUCGGAUAGAGACUAUACGUAUGAUGAACUACUAGUUAGAGUGUUUAAUAUCAUGCGAGAGAAGAAUCCCGAUAUGGUGGCUGGUAAGAAACAGAAGUUCGUUAUGCGUCCACCACAAGUAGUACGCAUUGGAACGAAAAAGACAUCUUUUGCUAACUUUACUGAGAUUUGUAAAACAUUACACAGACAGCCAAAACAUUUACUUGACUUUUUGCUAGCGGAGUUGGGUACAAGUGGCUCAGUUGAUGGUAACAGCCAGUUAAUUAUUAAGGGUCGCUUUCAACAAAAACAAAUAGAAAAUGUUCUUAGAAGAUAUAUCAAGGAAUAUGUCACGUGUCAUACGUGUCGCUCACCCGAUACUAUUCUCCAAAAGGACACUCGACUCUUUUUCUUACAAUGCGAAACCUGUGGUUCAAGAUGUUCUGUUGCCAGCAUAAAAUCUGGAUUCCAGGCUGUCACUGGAAAACGUGCUGCUAUUCGUGCGAAAACUGCCUAAGCACCUAUCUAAGAAGAUGCUAGUGCAAAUAAAACAUGGAAUAUAAAUAAACGUGGAAUAUAAAAACGUUACAAGUGAUUACAUCUUGAAUUGACUUGAGUACAGAAGUGUAGAUAGUAUUAAUUCGGAUCAUAAAUUUAAUAUCGAUUCUUAUAUAAAGAGAAAUUAAGAUGGUUUGGUUUUUAAGAUUUUUAAAGAUACAAUUAAUUUUUUAAACACCAAAAUCUCAUCAUUUUACAUGUUAUGAAUUGUAGUGUUCUGAAUCUUUGAUUCUUGGAAAUUUUGAUCCUAAUUUUUUUGUUUCAGAAGUCUUGGAAUUUUUUUAUUUUUAAGAUUUUUUUCUAAUUGUAAAAGAUCUUAUAUCUUGGCAUGAACGAAUUUUACGACUCAAUUCCUCAACCUAUACUUUAAAUUAUUUAAGCCGUCGGGUCUCCUAUACAUAAAAUUAUUUUAUUUUAAAAUGCAAAUUUCUCAAUAUAUUAGUCAUUUAACUUUUUCAAAUUACAUGCCUUAUAUUUGUUCUUUAUCAUAAUUAAAUAUGAAAAAAUUGUCAAUACCAUUAAAAUAAGUCAUUUAA